AUGUGGGACCAACACACGAUGACUUCGGCCAUCCCAAACAGUAAAUCGUCCUCUUCGCCACAAGGAAACCCCCAGAGCGAAGGGGACUCGUCCAACUGUGAGAAGCGCAAGGGCCCCCGUCUCGCCCACCGUAAGUCGAGGACCGGGUGUCAGCGAUGUCGCGCCCGGCGAGUCAAGUGUGACGAAGCGCGACCAGUGUGUCGCGACUGUCAUCGCCAUGGGAUCCACUGUGUUUAUGACAGGCUUGCGGAAAAAGGAGCGGUCCCCCCCUCAGCCUGGAUACAACCUCGGCCGUUCGAGCCCAGCCCAUCAGCUCCCAGUAAUGACGAACACAUGGAGCUGCGCUUGCUGCAUCACUUUACUCUAUUCACCAGCGCUACUAUGCCCGGGGCCCACCUGAAGCGUAUCAAAGACUGUUGGUCGAUCAAUGUGCCCCAACUCGCAUUCUGUUACAAACCUCUCCUUCAUGCCGUCUUCGCAAUCUCCGCCCUGCAUCUGUCCAAAACCAGCCAGGACGAAUCUGGCUUGCCGGACAUACACUGUCUUUACCUCGAGCAGGCUUUGCGCGAACAUCGAGUCUGUAUCGGCGGCAUAACGACGGAGACUGCGGAUGCGGUGUGCUUUACAAGCAUCCUGAUACAGGUCAAUGUAUUUGCUACCUUGCAAGAUCGUCCUGCUGCUCCUUAUGAACAAGUAAAUGAAUGGAUGCAUCUAGUGCGCAGGUCGGUAGCCGUUUUUGAUUCAGCCCUGGAGAUUAUGAGGCAUAAUACUCAUUCCGCGAAUAUCUGGUGUAUUAUUGAUACCUUUCCUAUUCCCUUGCGGGCGAAUUCUGAUGCUGGGUCGUUUUCAUUCCUGCUUCCGACCGUCCCCGACGAUGAGGAUGACGAGACGGCGCUAGAAGCAUAUCGAGAGGCCGUCGCGCAUAUCAAUUCCACCUGGAUGGCCAUGGAAGCAAAGGAACACCCGCAAAUCAGCUGUCGCCGGCUCAUGGUCUUCCCUCUGUUCGUGGCAACUGAGUUCAUUGACUUACUCGAGAAGAGGAGGCCGCGCGCUUUGGUGGUUUUAGCCUACUUUCUUGCCUUGUCGGCACCAUUACAGGAUAUAUGGUGGAUCGGAGACACUGCCAACAAAUCCAUUAUGGCCCUUCAACGAAUUCUUCCUGCCCAGUGGGAACACCUAAUGUCCUGGCCUGUGGAAAUGAUUGUAGAUCGUGUCCCACAGCAAACUCGAGUCCUUAUCCAACUACCUCUGUGA